GACUACACUUCGCAUAUUAUUUCUUGGAACCCAAACGCAACAGCAAUAACGAGUUCCAAGACGACUGUUGAUUCGCUCCACAUUGUGUGGAGGCUUUCCUCCUGUAUGUAGCGCAUAAGGCAGCACUCCGUUCGAUUUGGCCAGUUUGAAACUCUCGUUCGUCCAAGUCACUUCGACUGAGCACGGGCCAAUCUCUAAUACAUGGUCGUAUUAGUGCAACUCUGACCGCGUCAUCCACCGUCCAGCCCACACCUUCAUCAGUCUUCGCUGUUUGACGUUUUUAAAAACGUGGGAAAAACAAGUUAAUUCCCAAAAAAUGUCCAGCCCGUUCGUUUCGUACGUUUUGACCCUAAUGAUGGUGUUGUUGUUCUUUUCGGCCGCCGCCGAUGGCUACAACAUUCUCGUCCUGACGCCCAUCACCUCGCCCAGCCACACGAACGUCUUCAAGCCGCUGGUGACGGCGCUGGCCGAGCGCGGACACUUUGUUACCCACUGGGACGGCCUCAAACCGCCCAGCCACAGCAGUAGCAGCAACCGGACCAGCAAUAGUAAUGUGCGGGUGCUUUACUCGCCCGUCAUGGCCGAAAUCAAUCGCGAGCACAACGUCAAUUUCAGCGAUCGUGACCAUCCCCUGCGGCUGCUCUUCCGAGUGCCCAAAACGGUGGCCAACUACUGCCGGGCCAUCCACGAGGAUCCGGUUUUCCACAAGCUGAUGAGCACCGGUCUGGAUGAGAAAUUCCAUCUUAUCCUGGUCGACGGCUUCUUCAACGAGUGCACCUUGCUGCUGGCCGAACUCUUCGACGUUCCGUUCGUCUACCUCAACUGUUUCGUGCCUCCGCCGUGGCUGCAGAACACGAUGGGCACACCGUUCGCUUUCGAUCAUUUCCCGCACUCGGGGCUCAGCCUGUCCGACCGGAUGAAUUUCUGGCAGAGGUCGUUGAACGCCGUGACCGGCUUGGCCCUUGUGGCCUUCUACCACCUGUACGUCGUGCCCGUCAUCGACUCAGCGGCCGUCAAGGUCCUGGGCUACGACAAUUUCACCUCCAUCGUCGACAUCGAGGACCGCCGCUUGAGCCUCCUGCUGACCAACACUCAUUUCAGCAUUAAUUAUCUGAUGCCGACGUCGCCGGCCGUCGUCCAAGUCGGCGGAAUGCACUGCGUCCCGCCCAAACCUUUGCCCACGGAUUUGGAGUUGUUUGUCGAUGGGUCGGGCGACGCUGGAUUCAUCGUCCUGAGUUUCGGAUCGAUUUUGAAAGGCGUCGAAAUUCCGGGCGGAGUUCGCAACAUUUUCCUGUCGACUUUCGCCCGGCUGCCGCAGCGAGUCAUCUGGAAGUGGGAGGACAAGGGUGUCCUGCCCGACGGGCUCAUCCCGUCCAACGUCAAACUCGUUUCCUGGCUGCCGCAGCAGGACCUUCUGGGCCACCCCAAGGCCCGCCUCUUCAUCACCCACUGCGGAUUGCUCAGCAAGCAGGAGGCCGUCUACCACGGCGUGCCGUUCAUCGCCCUGCCCGUCUGGUCUGAUCAGCCCAUCAACGCCCAAAAGGCCCAGGAGGACGGUUACGCCAUCAAACUCGACUGGAACCAAUUGACGGAGGAGGUCCUCUACGACGCCAUCCAGCGGAUUCUCACCGAUCCGAGGUACAAGCGGCGGAUGAAAGAAGUAUCGGCUCUGAUGAGAGACCAGAUGGAGAGUCCGCUGGAACGGGCAGUCUACUGGAUCGAGUACGUCAUCCGCCACCAGGGGGCUCCGCAUUUGCGCAGCGCUUCCCGCCAACUUUCAAUCUACCAAAAGUGCCUCCUGGACGUGAUGGGCUUUCUCUCUGCCGUUUGCCUUUUGGCCAUUUAUAUCCUCUUCCGCUUGUGUCGUCGCUCCGUCUGCUCCGGCCAACGUCGACAACAAUCAGCUGGUCCGCUCAAGAAAUUGAAUUGAGCGACUUAAAAAUUUGAAUUGAAAAAAAAAUUGAAAUUUUAAAAUUGAAUUAAGAAAAACUGAUGACGCCGCAGUCGUUUGGUUUCGAUUCAAAUCACAUGAGUGCUGCUAUCAAUGCCAAUGUCUUUUUCUUUGUUUCAGUUGGUUCACUCGUAAACAAAAUUUAGUUGAAAAAUUUAGUCAAAAAAAAAACAGAAAAGCAUAAUUUCAAUUUGAGACAAUUCGGGAUGAGUUGAUAUUUUUACUUUGAAUUUGUCGGGAAGAAAAAAAAAAUUAGUCAAUUUUCAGUUUUGUUUGUUUUUAGUUUUAUUAACUAUUUUGGAAGCAACACUCAAAGCUGCGUGAGUGUUGGGGGUCCCCUAAUAUUUUAUACAGGGAUCAAAUGAUGUUAGUCUUUAAUAUGUUGUGAACAAUUUAGACCUAUGUGAUGUAUUGGUAUUAGCGCGGACGAAAAUAAAGAAAUAAAAGUACACGAUU